UCCCAGUUUUUGGAGAAACAGCUGCAGCUGUGAGGUUUUGUUUUGUUUUUUCGUUCCUUUAAAUGUGUGAUGGAGUCAUCUCUUCUCACUUUUCUUUUUGUUUCUUUAUCGGUGGUAUGUUCCUCUUACACUGGCACCACAGACUGGGAUGAUGUUGUGGUGGUUAGAGAGAACACCCCCACCAUCCUGGGCUGUACUGAUACAACAGUGAGAGGUGACAUAUCCAUUAACUGGAUGGUGAAGUCAUUUGGUGCGGAUGACUGGAAACUGGUUCUCUCCGCCAGUGAAAAGAACAAGUUCUCAGGCGGUGCUUCAAAGGCAUCCAUGCGACUGACUGACAGUAACUUUCAAGAUACUGGGGUUUUCUCACUAUACUUUAUACCCAAAAUGGAGGACAGUGGUCACUACUCGUGUUUAAUAAAGCAUCAAGAGAAGAAACUAAAGGAGAGGAUUGUUCUCUUGGCGAUCCUUACAGUCACUUCCUACCCUGCUUCACCUAUCCCUCAGCACAGCACCCUGAGGCUCAUUGCUAAAGUCACUCCUGGCAUUGCCAUCACCAAAAUCACCUGGACAGCACCUGGUGGCAUUCCUAUGAAGAGCAAAAAAAUGCCAAACACGGGUACAGUUGCUAAGCUGCCGCAGGUCCAGAACAGUGACUCCGGGACUUAUGUCUGUACAGUUUACCCCUGGGGCAACAGCUCCAGUGUGUUGACUGCUAACGUGGAAGUGACUGUUGACGCUGACAAAGUGGCCUCAUUCACCAAUAUUACACAUGGCCAAACAAUCUCAACUGCCAUUGAGGCUCAGACAUCCUUCCACCUGACCUGUCCCAGUAUCCAAGGGGACUAUGUCCUACUAUACUGGCUUCACCCAGAUGCCAAGAGGCAUAGUAAUAUGAAGUUAGUGUACCAGUACGACCACUGGAGGGGUUCCACCUUACAGACUGAACAAAGCAAGAGACUCCAGCUGGCUGGUGAACCCUACAAUGCAGAAGCUGGGAGCUUCUCCUUUCUGCUCACCCCUGAGUUGAAAGAUGGUGGCCUUUACAUCUGUGAAGUGUCUCUCAAUGACAACAUCUUCAGCCAGAGGACAACACUCAGCGUUCUGAAAGUUAAAACCAAACGCUAUCCCUCAAAGCUGGAGUUGCUGUGCCUGUAUUCAGAGCAGUCCCAGGUUCAAAAUGCCGAGUGGAAGCACAGCAAUAAGAGCCGCAAACUGAAGAUGACGAGCAACGGCCCUGGCAGCAUCAGCACCAUCGUACAGUUACCCAUUACUUUGGAUGUAACUGGGAACUAUACCUGCAUCCUAGAGCUGGGAAACGGCCAGCUCAUUCGGGCAGAACAAGUUAUUAGACUGCCCUCUAAAGAGAGUGUCAAUGUCACCACCCCCUCCCUGCUUCAUUCUCUCUCUGCUUUAUUACUCCUUGUGCCCCUGGUUGCUGCAGCCGUCGGUGUGUUGCUAUGGAGACAGAAACACAUUUCUGAUCGCGGUGAGUCUUCUGGCGAUUUCUUUUUUGACAUCUUUCCAUGUUCCGUCCAUCUUUGGCCCCAGUCGGCAGCCACUGAGCGAUGUGGGCCAUGACAUCCUCUGGGGUUGUUGUAAUGAAUCUGCCCCCACCUCCUUCUGCAGAUAAGUGUGUGUGCAUUUGUCCAUGAGACUCUAUCUUUCUGUACUCAGGUAUUGAACAGUCUCUCUCUGUUCAUUCGGGUGACACAGAGAACAUCUAUGAGAAUCCUGAGGAUGUAAG